AUGAGCUGGGGGGGAGGAAGGGCUCAUGCUGAGAGCGAGGGCGAGUUCCUGGUUGGGGAAUGGGGCGAGGACUUCGAUGGAGACCUGCGUCAGGAUCUGAGCAAAGACUUGAGUGAGGAAUCGGACAAGGACUUAGAUGGAGACCUGAGUGAGAAUCUGAGCAAAGACUUGAGUGAGGAAUCGGACAAGGACUUAGAUGGAGACCUGAGUGAGAAUCUGAGCAAAGACUUGAGUGAGGAAUCGGACAAGGACUUAGAUGGAGACCUGAGUGAGAAUCUGAGCAAAGACUUGAGUGAGGAAUCGGACAAGGACUUAGAUGGAGACCUGAGUGAGGAUCUGAGCAAAGACUUGAGUGAGGAAUCGAACGAGGACUUAGAUGGGGACCUGCGUGAGGAUCUGAGGAAGGGCUUGGGUGAGGAAUAA